AUGACCGAAUAUGACAACAAACCUGAAAUUUCCCUCCAUGAUGUUGAUCAACCCCGUGCAUGGCGGGUUGGAUGGCCUUGUCUGUGCCGAUCCCGGGUGCAAACCUUGUAUACACAGGGUGCAACGUCAGUGUCCAAGUCAAAUGUUGAAGCUCUAAGGUCUCGGAUAAACACGAUUCUUAGUCGGCAUCAAAUUGAACCCAGACAAUUUCCUGGUAUUGCUCUGUGGCUUGGCCCAGUUUAUCGAACGAAUGUGAAGUACCAAGAAGAUCCACCAAAUGAACAUCUUUGUUUCCUUGUUGAAUGCGUAUUUAAUCCGGAACGCCACAAAGAAGAUCCCCUUUCUUGGUCAAAUGCGGUUAUUGAUAUCCAUAAAGCCCUCUACGAUAUUAUUGGUAAUUCGUGCUCUAUCGGAGUUGAACAUUGCGAUACGGUGUGCGAAAAAUCUCUCUUUCUGACCGAUUUUCCGUCCAGCUCAGAGGAAUUUCGGAAGAACUGGGAUGAUGGUUCACGAUAUCGUCAACAGAUACUGGAAAAACUGAAAAAAGGGCAGGCGCCGUGGCAGGCUAUGGUUCCAGUUGGGCUUACAGCAUCUAAUGAAUAUAUGGAAAGCUAUAUCUGUGUUGUUUGGAUUGAUGCACAAAAUGCCAACGACAGCAUUUGGGUACAGAUCCAACGAAAUCUUCAGUCCAUUCUUCCGGAUUCUAUAUCUGUUGAGAUAUGGCAAGCUAGUAACUCUAUAUUAUCCAGCUCCCAUGAAGCCUUGAAGAUGCAAACCUCAGACGAUGGUAAUAUAGGUAAAGUGAAAGGUGCCACACUUCCAAAGCCUGGAAGUAGCCUUGGGUGCCUUAGUGAAAAAGCAUUGUUUAAAAAGGUCACCUACGCUUUGACAAACUCUCAUGUGGUCUUGAGAUCAAAACCCCAUCUCUGGAGAGGUAUCCAGUCUACAACACAAGCGCAUUAUCCUUCACAAGAAAUUCCUGUCCAAUGCCCUUAUGAAAAAGAUCAGCAGGUUCAAAGUAUGGAAUAUAAAUUGGUUGAUUUGGAGGCACAUGAGGCAGCAUUGCAUCGAGAUCCUUUACUGGGUUACGUUAGAGGGGCAGCACUUGGUUCCCGAUCUCAUAAUGUAUCUACCUUCGAUUAUCGACUUGGAAUGGAUAUUGCACUCAUUGAGCUUAUUGAUCCCUCGACACGUCCUGAGAAAGUCUUUCUCAAUGAAAAUUUACUAAAUGACAGGGCAUUAGAAACUUGGGACGUAUGCGAUCUGGGUUCUAACACUGAUUCAGAAGAUAUUUGCAUAGUUGGCAAAUAUGGGGCUGCUUCCGGGCUUACCACCGGCCUCCUACAUGGAAUUAAGGUUGACAUGAAAUUGAACGGCUUUCCGGACGCGAUAUCUACAUGGGUGGUCCGUUCUCCUAGUAUUGGGGAGUGUUUUACAAGGCCAGGAGACUCGGGAUCCUUUGUCUUCACAACAACCUUUUGA